AAAAUUAGUAAAAAUACUGAAAAAGAGAAAUUCGGAAGAAAGCUCUUUUUUAUGGAAAAAGCUUUCAAGUCUCCUUUAAGAGCUUUUGAAAAAACAAGGCUUCUGUCGAUUUUUCAAAGUUUUAAUGCCGGGAGAAGUCCAAAAUUAAUAAAAAUACUGAAAAAGAGAAAUUUGGAAAAAAGCUCUACUUUAUGGGAAAAAAGCUUUCACCUUGGAUCCUAAAGCUUUCAAGGCAAUAUAAAAGAAAAUCGCAUAAAAUACAUUUUUAGCAGUUUCUGAGAAACUAGAACCCUGAAAACUCCACUACUCCCCUUUGAAGAAAAAAAGCUCCAAAGCUCCACAAUUAAGGAUUUCAAAUUAUAUGAAUUUUUAAAGCUUUCAAAGUUUUCCGAUAGAAUGGCUCGCAAAAAGAAAACACCCCAUGAUGUUGAAGAGGAACCGGGUGCCUGCUCCGCCGAUGCGGUAUUGGUGGGCCUAGCUCCUCCCGAAAGACCACAGCGGAGUAGUUUAGAUGAGCGCCAACUCUUCCAUGCCAGCGACAGUGAAGUUUUCGAUGUCAAAACCAAGACAGGCUUGCAGAAAAAUAAAUCCAAUUUGUAUUUGAUUAAAUCCUAUUCGUUUAUUGACAAAACCAAUUCGCGCCGGCCGACGAGCUUAAAUAUACCACAAAAGCUGCAGGAGUUUGAAAACUAUCACACCCUGUUGCUGGAGGAGGCUUCACCGGUCAAGGAGAAAGAGAAGCCCAAGAAAAAAGAGAAAAUGGAAAAAUCCUCGGCGUCAAAGAAAAAUAAGGCAGCAGCCAAGAAGGAUAAACUGGUGGAUCCAGAGGAUUUGAAGGAGUACCAGCAUAUUUUGAGAAAUCCCAAAUUGAUUUUGGAAUAUGAGGCCCAACCGUGUACCAGUUCACGCAAGCGACCCCUGACCAUUAGUGUGGAUAAUCCCCACAAACCGGUGGUGAAAUCCAAGACCACUGAGGACAUAGAGACCUCACCACAAAUGAAACGCGAGUCCUUUAUACGCUAUAGCCUACAAUCCAUACGCCGGAGCUUUUCCUCAUCGAAAAAAUAUCCCAUAUCCUCAUCAUCGUCGUCUUCUUCGGCUGCCUGUUCGUCGGCGUCGUCCACCACCUCCUCGGGUUCCUCGGGCCCAGAGAAUGGCCCAAAUAGUUUUAAAAAACCAAAAUCUAAAACUAAGGAAAAGCAAAAGCUUCCGGAAAAUGUUGUCGUCAAGGAUAUGGACAGUGGCUGUGAGGAAACCAAUUUAGUGGAAAAUCUCAUUUCCAUCGAAGUUACGCAACCACCAGCCAGCUGUACGACAAAUAACCCUCUCACCCUGGCCGCCUCAGCAUCCAAUGCAGCCGGUUUGGCUGUGCUACAAGAAGAGGAUGAAAAGGAUUUACAAGAAAGAUCGACCAGCAGCGUUAGUACACUUGCUCAGUUGCCCACAGAUUCGCUCAUGGCCCCUUUGCAAACACACACUGAAGCUCAAAGUAUUCAGUGUCUAAACGCAGCGCAUAGUUCAUACGACAAGGAUAUUGGCCAUCUCUCAGCAACAUCGUCCACACAAUCAACGGCAAAUCAUAGCGGUUCCAGGCGGGUCCUGCAACAACAGUUAUCGGUCACAGAUUCAUCGGAAGGCACGUCGAUAGGUUGUGCAUCGUCAAGUGAAUACGCAAGUGCAAGAUCUCUCAAACACAGUUCCACAUCGUUGGCCCCCCUGCAAUCGGUGCCAUCGUCGGCCAGCCUGCGCAGCAUAAGUCCUUCACGUCGCAGCGCAAGCAGCAACAGCAGCAGCACGGCCAAACAUGAGCAAUCACCGGCGGCGCCGCCGGCCGGUACUGUUGCCGCCAGCACCUCGGCCGGUGGGUUGGCAUCCCAACAGAAUAUUACACCACCGGAAAAGGAGAAGAAACGCAAGGAGGUCUCCAGUUCAAGGGUAAAAAAGUUCCAAAGGCAUUUCUCUCAGGUGUCGGAAGAUGAGAAGCUAAUCAACUAUUUUUCCUGUGCUUUAGUCAGUGAUAUAUUGCUGCAAGGACAUCUUUAUAUAACAGAUAAACAUUUUGCAUUUUACUCAAAUGUUUUUGGUUAUGUUACUAAGGUUGUUAUACCCACAGGCUCGGUGACGAAAAUUUCCAAAGAGAAAACGGCCAAAAUAAUCCCCAAUGCUGUGGGUGUGGCCACCGCCGACGAACGCCAUGUCUUUGGCAGUUUCAUUAGCCGUGAGGCGGCCUUCCGCCUCAUGUGCAGCGUCUGCCAGCCGCUGGGUGGUACCAUUGAAAUCCUACCCAAAGAUCCGGUUAGCAUUGAAAUUUCCGAAGAAUACUCAGUCGAAGAUGAUAGCAGCUGUUCGAUAAGCGGCAACGAGAGUCCGGCUCAGGCGAACGACAAUGCCAAUUCCACAAAUGAAACCAACCACCAGCAGGCGCAACAGCACCCCAACGAUGCUAGUCAAACGACGUUACUGAGGCGCAAUGUGGGUGCUUCGACUCUUAGUAUGGCCGAUUGCGAGAAACAACGGCACUCUGACAUUCCGUUAAAUGCCAAAAAUACAACAGCUUCCCUACAGACACGCUCCUCAGCCCCGGCGGGUACGACGGCCUAUGCCAACGGUGGGGGUGUGGGGGCGAUAGGUCAUGUCAUUGUAUCCUCCAUCAAUGGACCGGCCACGGCCAUUGGCUGUGCUGGGGCUCUGGAGGGUAGUAAUCUCACAUUUAUUGCUGGCAAUACCUCAACAACAACAUCGGUGUCGACCACACCCACACCCUCGACGUCAUCGCCCACCACCGUCAUGGCAAUGCCACACUCAAAGGCCCAUCAGGUCCUGAACAAGUUCCGCCAGUUGGGCAACAAACUGAUGGUCAAUCUGAAAUUUCCCACUGAGGUCCAUGUGGUCUAUUUGGGCGCCAUGCUCACCGUUUUGUUGGCUGUAUUCACCAUAUUCCUAUUGUAUCGGAUAUUAGAUAUAGAAGCGAAAACGAGCGUCUAUCGAUCUCCUAUAGAAUUUAAUUGGCAUUCCGGCAACGAUGAUGACAUUUUUGCCGAGGCCCUACGUUUCCAAAAACAAUUGCAAGUUAAAAGCACUGAAGAAGCUCAGAAUAUACUUAAAACGAAUUUAGAACAAAUCGCUAAGGUUCGCCGCAGUUUAGAGACCUUAUCGAUGUUAAUCCAUGACCGUAGCUCAUCGUUUGGUUCCCCGAAUACCGAUGAUAGUGACUGAAUUUAUAUAUAACCUAAAAAUAAUGUAUUUUGUAAUUUAUUAUUAAUUGCCUAGUAUAUAUUAUUGUAAUUA